UCCACCACCCCCACCUUGGGGCUCCCCUAUUCUCCCAGCACUCUUGCUCUCCUGUCCCGCCCCACGCUAAAAGGGGGGGAAAGACCCGGAGAAGAUGGUGCUCACCGCGGUGCUCCUGCUGCUGGCCGCCUGUGCGGGGCCAGCCCAGAGCCUGGGCUCUUUCGUGCACUGCGAGCCUUGCGAUGAGAAAGCCCUGUCCAUGUGCCCCCCCAGCCCCCUGGGCUGCGAGCUGGUCAAGGAGCCCGGCUGCGGCUGCUGCAUGACUUGCGCCCUGGCGGAGGGGCAGUCGUGCGGCGUCUACACCGAGCGCUGCGCCCAGGGUCUGCGCUGCCUCCCGCGACAGGACGAGGAAAAGCCGCUGCACGCUCUGCUCCACGGCCGCGGGGUUUGCCUCAACGAAAAGAGCUACCGCGAGCAAACCAAGAUCGAGAGAGACUCUCGCGAACAUGAGGAGCCCACCACCUCCGAGAUGGCCGAGGAGACCUACUCUCCAAAAAUCUUCCGCCCCAAGCAUAGCCGCAUCUCCGAGCUGAAGGCCGAGGCUGUGAAGAAGGACCGCAAGAGGAAGUUGGCCCAAUCUAAGUUGGCUGGGGGUGCCGAGAACACUGCCCACCCCCGUGUCAAUGCAGGGCCAGAAAUCAGACAGGAAUCUGAGCAGGGCCCCUGCCGCAGACACAUGGAAGCAUCCCUGCAGGAACUCAAAGCCAGCCCCCGUAUGGUGCCCCGUGCUGUGUACCUGCCCAACUGUGACCGCAAAGGAUUCUACAAGAGAAAGCAGUGCAAGCCUUCCCGUGGCCGCAAACGUGGCAUCUGCUGGUGCGUGGACAAGUACGGAAUGAAACUGCCUGGCAUGGAGUAUGUGGAUGGAGACUUUCAGUGCCACACUUUCGACAGCAGCAAUGUUGAGUGAUGCGUCCCCUCCCACCCCUAACCCCUACCCCCAACCCCCCCCCCAACUCCAGCAAGCGCCUCCCUCCAUCCCAGGACGCCACUCAUUUCAUCUCAUUUAUGGGGAAAAAAUACUUAUCUAUUUGAGGAAACUGAGGACCUCGGAAUCUCAAGCAAUCACUUGGAACAUGGCAACAGCGGAGAUGCAUGAAGCUAAGGAGAUACCCCCACACCCCUUUUAAAUGGUUUUCUUUUUGAGGCAAGUUGAGUGAACAGGGAAGGGAAGAAGAAGCAGGAGAAAAGAAAGAGGAAAACGAUAUAGGAAAAGAAGGGCGAAUUAGGAAAAGAUGGAGCAAAGAGUCAAACCGCCAAGAUGAGGUCUUGGGUCACCAGGUUUAUAGCUAUCAUGGACUGCUAUCCCCAAUGGUACAACUCCAGAAGUGGCCUUUAAGGACCUGUGUGGUACCUGGAAAGAAAGGAAAAAGCAAGGCUAUCCAUUCUGUACUCUUCGUAUCCACGAAUGAGGCUUGAACCUUGUCCUUCCUCACCUCUGACCCCAGCCACAUGCUCUGUCUCCUCCCUCAUUGAUAUAAACCUCAGUCAUUCCAUU